CAAUCAAUUGAUCAAAUUCAGUGAGUGUUCAUGGUUAUCCUGAAAUUAUUCUCAAACAGAACGGUUUUUCUUUGAUUUUAGAAGAGACCCUCUAGCAAUGAUGCAUCUUUGGAUCGUUGUGGUGGCGUCUGUCUGGCCUGGAAUACUUGGUGCUCCUGACAACCGAGGAACUAAAUUCGUGAUCGGUUUUAUGGAGAAUUAUGCUACAAACUUCAAUCUAGAAAUCUUUGUUACGACGUACAAAUCUCUUCCGGUGGAUGUGUCCGUGAGAUCGCCAAAAUGGAGUAGCCCUUCCAUUAGCCAAACAUUUAGCGUGACUGUCGGCACAGUCAAACAGGUGCUGAUCAACAAUGCUCUGAGAAUGUCGGGAUCGGCAAAGAGUACUAAAGGCAUCCUUAUCACCGGAAGUGACGAAAUAAUGGUGUAUGGCGUUAACAAGGAGACGAACUCGAAUGACGGAUUUCUGGGACUUCCUACCGAUGUUUUGGGUACAACUUAUUACAUUGUCACCUACUGGCCCUCCGAUAGAAACACGGAAAUAUUAGUGGUGGGUGUGGAAGACAACACACAGGUCACGGUACAGUUUGGUCCUAACACAGGUUUGAAUGUUACGUACGCUAAUAGAAAUUACUAUCAGAACGAUAAACUAUCUACCACUCUGCAUUCCUACUACACAUGGCAAAUUCAAGCUCCCGGGGACCUAACGGGCUCCAAGAUCACAGCCAACAAAAUCAUUUCUGUAUUUAGCGGAAACAUACUCACGAAAAUUGCCACCGGAACAAGUGAUCAUAUUGUUGAACAUCACGUGCCAGUAGACAAAUGGGGAAAACAAUUCGCUACUGUACCAAUUCCUGGACGCACUAUUGGCGACUACUUCCGGUUUGUAGCCAGUGAGUAUGAUACUAGAGUCACCGUUAACGGCUUGAAUAACGGUCAGUCCUUUACCGAAACUUUCACAUUAUCCACGGCGAGUGCUUGGGUGCAAAAAGAAUAUAGUUCCAAAUUUUAUUCUUUAAUCACUGCGACGAAGCCGAUAUAUGUGAUGCAGUUUUCCAAAAGCCAGGCUUGCUCUUCCUGCAAUAUGGCGGAUCCAGCGAUGAUAAUUAUCCCGCCAAUUGAACAAUAUGCAUCAGAUUAUGUUUUUACGACACCGAAAAAGUCAUCAGGGUCUUUUACAAAUUACUUCAUGUUCGUAGUGAAGGCGACAGAAAAAUCAGGGAUUCGGGUUAACGGCAAUGCAGUGUCACCAACAUACAACAACUUUCCGGGGGGUGAAUACGUCGGGGGGUAUAUAUCGCUGGCGGAAGGGACUUAUGAAAUUCGUCAUACUUCACCACAUAUCGUGUUUCUGGGAGCGCUGUACGGACGUGCACAGUAUGAAUCGUAUGGGUUUCCUUCCGGAAUGAGAAUGGCGCCAGUAAAUUCGCCAUGCGCGGUGUCCACAAUGGCUGUCGGCGAUGGAAUAGAUAAUGACUGUGAUGGAAAGAUAGAUGAAGAGCUGUGUACUGUAGCUAACAAUUAUAGAGAUGACGAUGGUGACGGUGUGACAGAGGAAGAUUGUGCUAAACCUUACCCAAUUGACGGUGUGUGGACAGCAUGGGAGAGGUGGGGACCAUGCGCGUGCACAGGAAAUGGAGGGGGGUCUCGUACACGCAGGCGCAUGUGCGAUAACCCCCCGGCACAGUAUGAGGGGAAGGUUUGUCCUGGAGCGGAUCUAGAAACUGACACCACUUGUUCGCCAGCCAAUGGAUGUGUUUUGAAUGGAAACUGGGCCAUGUGGGGGUCCUGGACUUCCUGUACGGUCACAUGUGGAAGUGGCACAAAAAGUCGAACACGGACUUGUACGGAUCCGUCACCAGCUAAUGGAGGCUCUUCCUGUUCCGGUAACAAAACGAUGUCUCAAGACUGUAACACUCAAAAUUGUCCAAUUGAUGGCGUGUGGACGGCUUGGACGUCUUUCAGUAGUUGUUUAUACAUCUGUGGAGCAGGACAGUCAGAAAGAACUCGAACCUGCACAAAUCCAGAACCCAGAUAUGGAGGAAAAACAUGUUCCGGAGACGCCAGGGAAACGCAAGCAUGUACUGGAAGUUGUGCAAAGGACGGCAAUUGGAAUUCCUGGAGUGUUUGGAGUCCCUGUACGAAAACAUGUGGAUCAGGUGCAAGGGCCAGAAACCGGGACUGCAACAACCCCGUCCCAAGUAACGGUGGCAAAAUAUGUACGGGAGACCCAACGGAGUUCCAAACCUGUAAUCCUACAGCCUGUCCCACCGUGCCUGCAGGAACCUACGUACAGACAUGUCCUACUGGGUGGUUUACAUGUGAGACAGGAGGCAUCACGUGCAUCGACAUGUCAAUGAAAUGUGAUUGUCAAUCUGACUGUGACGACGGAAGUGACGAAUCAGCCACCUGGGCAAGCUGUAUAACUAAUUCAACCAACUGUCUAAACGGUGCUGCUAAAGAGUUUACUUCCAGUGUGGCACACUGUCUUCCGUUUCUCGCUCUUCUUUUCUGCACCCUCUGGUACUCGCUGUAAUAAUGAUAUACGUCAUCCAGUGGCAAAGUACGACAUAGUACAAAAUAACAAGCUUACAGACUCAUCUUAUUACAUUAAUGUACAAAGGAGGUACGCCAGUUUACAAAACUGCUUGACAUUUGAAACUGAAAAUAAUAAUAAACAAGCUUCUAAAUCUA